UCGCGGCUGUUGGCAAGGCCCUUCCCCCAAACGCGGGGAGCCGGGGCUCCCUGAGGCAGCAUCUAGCUCGCCGCAGCCCUGAAAGCGGGAGCCGCGCUACUGGGGCUGCUCCGCUUCUUAGGUGAACUUGUGGAGCGCAAACAACAGAGGGACUACUUUUUCCCCCAGCGCUGCGCAUGCGCAACAGGGCGGGGUGGGAGAGCGGCGGGAGACACGGGCUCGCACGGCCUUUUGCUGGGGCAGGCGGUGCUGCGUCCCGGGGUGAAAUCGCUGCGCGCAGUAGGACCGCGAGGGAAGCCGUGGUCGCCAUUUUGAAGCGGUUGUUGGGGGAGGCGGCGUGUGUGCGCUCCCGUGUGCCCGGCUCGGCCUCCGCGCUCGCCGACCCGUCCGCUCGCUGAGCUCCGGCUCUCCACCGCCGCAGCCAUUGCUGACCUUGCCAUGUCCGGAGGGGGCGUGAUCCGCGGCCCAGCCGGCAACAACGACUGCCGCAUCUACGUGGGGAACCUGCCCCCCGACAUCCGCACCAAGGACAUCGAGGACGUGUUCUACAAGUACGGCGCCAUCCGUGACAUCGACCUCAAGAACCGCCGCGGCGGGCCGCCCUUCGCCUUCGUGGAGUUCGAGGACCCCAGGGACGCGGAGGACGCCGUCUACGGGCGGGACGGCUACGAUUACGAUGGGUAUCGCCUCCGCGUGGAGUUCCCUCGGAGCGGCCGGGGCACCGGCAGAGGCGGCGGCGGCGGUGGAGGGGGCGGCGCCCCCCGGGGCAGGUAUGGCCCCCCGUCCCGGCGCUCGGAGUACAGAGUGAUCGUCUCGGGGCUGCCUCCAAGUGGAAGUUGGCAGGAUUUAAAGGAUCACAUGCGUGAAGCAGGUGAUGUAUGUUAUGCUGAUGUUUUCCGAGAUGGCACUGGUGUCGUGGAGUUUGUACGGAAGGAAGAUAUGACCUACGCUGUGCGAAAACUGGAUAACACUAAAUUUAGAUCUCAUGAGGGAGAAACUGCCUACAUCCGUGUUAAAGUUGAUGGUCCAAGAAGUCCAAGCUAUGGAAGAUCUCGGUCACGCAGCGUAGUCGUAGCAGAAGCCGUAGUCGAAGCAACAGCAGAAGCCGCAGUUAUUCCCCAAGAAGAAGCAGAGGAUCUCCACGCUACUCUCCCCGUCACAGCAGAUCCCGUUCUCGUACAUAAACGAUCACUAGCAAUGAUCUUUUUGUAGAACCCCAUGUUGUACACAGUUUUCCUUUACUCAGUACAGUCUUUCAUUUUUUAAUUCAAACUGUUUUAUUCAAAUUGGCUGAAGUGUUGAAUUGCAUUCUUGUGUAAAAUCCCUAGUGAGUAUUUGCUCCUUAACAUCAACAUUCCCCUCAUGUCUUUGGUAAAUUGUAUUUUAAUUGAUGUCAGUCAGGAUUGUUUCAAUUUAGUUAUAGUUAAAUACCAACAUUCUUCAAACUGUGGUAUUGCUGUGUAAAUGUCUCAGUGUUCGGCUAUGGUUUAUACAAGCUGGGGAUGUUGGGAUGUUUGUGGCUAACUUGUCUCUUCUGGGGGAUCUUAUAUUUUAUCUUGCCUUUUCGUGUGUCUUUCUGUAGACAUAUCUGAAGAGAUGGAUUAAGAAUGCUUUGGAUUAAAGGAUUGUGGAGCACA